GCACCAAACAGGCCCUAAAUCUGUUAGCUAUGUUACAAUGGAAUAGCUUGUUUUUCACAGGGAAGGAUGAUUUUGGCCCACUUGUGUGAAGAACCCAAGGGAUUGAAAACUAACAUGUGCAUGUCACUUUUGUAUCUUCCCUUGGCAAUUGCGAACGCUCUCACAGCUAGACUGAAUGAUGGUGUUCCUUUAGUUGAUGAAUUCUGGGUUCUUCUCGGUUACUGUGUAUUCACAGCGUCACUCUACUUGCACUUUGCUACAUCAGUCAUUCAUGAAAUCACAACGGCCUUGGGAAUAAAUUGCUUCAGGAUAACCAGGAAAGAGGCAUGACCGUUGAUGCUUGUCUCAGGGCAUGGAGUUUGAUAUCUGGGAGUAAGAUUCAACACGUACUCUGCUGGAAAGUUGGUGGAGCUGAAACUGCUAAAGCAUUUAGCAAAUCAAUUUUGAUAUAGCAUUGAUUAGAGAUAUGUUCCUAAACCCAGUAACGGUGAUGCAUUUUGUCAGGAUUGUUGUAGAUUAUUAUUGAUUUUUAAAAUAGAAUAGGCAAAAUUUAGGUCUGUAAACUCUGCCAUAUGUCACUCUUGUAUUAAUUUUUGCGCUUGGUUUCCUUUGGGUGGACUAUGGAGAGAGUGGGUGAACAUUUACGUUGGCAACCAGAACGAAAUUCUUAUGGCAGUAUUUUUGAAUUUUCCGUCACUGGUUACUUGGGAAGCAUAUUUGCAAAAUUUUUAUUACAAUAGAAAAACAUUUCUUUA